AUGAACUCGCACGGAGUCUCUCACCACCCCAUCAUCGGCGGUGCCUUGGCCGAGGUGAACUGGCGAUGGGUUUUCUGGCUGAAUCUACCAGUGUCUGGGGCGUCUGCCUUGGUCAUAUUCUUUCUCUUGCAGGUCAAAACCCGGCGCCGUCAGACGUGGCGCGCCGCCCUCGCUCGCGUGGAUUUCUUGGGCAAUGCCAUCUUCAUGCCGUCCAUGACCAGUCUAUUCUUCGGCCUCAUCAUGGGCGGCACGCCUGGCUACGAAUGGGGCUCAUGGCGAGUCGUUAUGCCCAUCGUAUUGGGCAUCGUUGGCUGGGCCGUCUUCCACGUCCACCAGGCCUCUCGGUUUUGUGCUGAACCUACCAUGCCUCCCCGGAUCUUCAAAAAGUCUACGGGAGUCAUGGCCUUCAUCAUCAUUUUUCUCGCAUCCAUCAUCGUACAAGCCGUCAGUACCUUUCUACCAAUCUACUUUCAGGCUGUCAAAGACGCAACGCCACUCGAGUCGGGCAUCUGCUUCCUGGCCUUUGCCGUCGCCCUCGUGGUAUUUGGCAGUGUAGCAGCAGGUACCUUGGACUCUGGCCGCGGUAAAUGGAUCGGUUACCAGAUUAUUGCUGCUUGCGGAGCGGGCUUCAUCUUCACGGCCUCGCUGCCCUCGGCGCUCGCAUCACUGGCAGAAAAGGAUGUAGCGACGGCUACCAGUGCCUUUGCCUUUGUGAGAGCCCUUGGGCUGGUUUGGGGCGUUACCAUGUCCGCCAUUGUCUUCAAUGGCCAGGUAAACCAUAACCUGCACUACGUGGAUGACGCCAACAUGCGACAAUUGCUGACAGACGGCCGUGCCUACGCAUUCACGUCUGGUUCUGAGAAUGGCGACCUAUCGAUCGCAAAGUUGCCAGAGCCCACCAGGUGA